AUGGAUCCUCUGAGUGCGCUGGCCAUCGCCGCCGCCGUGGUUCAGUUCGUUGACAUAGGAGGUCGGCUCUUGAAAAAAGCUUGGGAGUCGCACAACGGACAUGCCAGGGAAAAGACUGAGCAACAACAACUCGAAGAGGUCGAGAAGCAACUGUCAUUCUUGAUCGACGGGGUUCGGGAGGCCUCCAAGACUUUGUCGGGCUCAAUUGUGUCGAACCCAACAACCCCUAUGCAAGCACAACUGCUACGACUCCACGCGGAAUGCGUCGACAUAAGCACCGAGUUCAACGCUGCUAUCCAGCAUAUGAGAGCCCUGGCCCAGAGGCCGACUCGCAAUCGCUUCUCCUUUCGCGGCCACCAGAGCGCCGAUAAAGAUGUCCGGGAUAGAGAUGUCCGUCAUAUCCUGGAACGCCUACCCGUCUUGAGACGUGAAGUCAUCGACUGUGUUGUGCUAGGCCUCUGGGAUAAUUCCAAGGAGACACAGCAGCGGGAGCUCUGUCUCAGUCGUCAAAUGGACGCCGUCAUCGGGAUGCUUGCGCAGCUCGACGAGUCGACCAAGAGGGCAGUGCAGGGGUUCCGUGCCGAAGAAGUUGAUGGUGAUAUAUCAGGUCUCAGGCAUGAGCUCGUCGAGACGAUUUGGAGGAAGGAUUGGACGUCGGAUGCGGCCUUGACGAAUACACCUGAAGACGAUACUCCAACGAGAAUGAACACCGAUGUGGUUGCCCAUGCCAUAUCUCGUGACGUGGGAUUCGAAACAGCAUGUUUACGCGAAGCCGCCAUUGCUCAGAACUUCAUCGGAACCUAUUCGUGGAUUUUCCAAGCCGAACCUAAAUGGCAAAACAACAAGUCGGCGUGGGACAGCUUUCCGAAAUGGCUAGAAGACGGCUCAGAACCAUUUUACUGGAUUACAGCAAAGCCGGGCUCCGGGAAGUCGACUCUGAUGAAGUUUGUGCUGCAGCACAAGUUCCUACGUGAGGGUCUUUCACGUUGGGCUGGUUCAUUGCCCUUCCUCGUUUGCAAAUACUAUGCCUGGCACCCCGGUCAAAGCCUGCAAAAAUCAAUUGAAGGCUUAAAAAGGACCGUAUUAGCACAGGCUCUGCUUCUCUUCCCCGAGUUGGCUCGCAUAGUCACCCCUAGACGCUGGGCCUUAUUCCAGGUGUUGAGAAAAGACCCAGUCUUCCCGCCAUGGGACACCUGGGAACUUCAGGAGUCAUUUGAUGCCCUCCUCUCCCAGUGCGGAAAACCCAUCAAACUUCUGCUUGCAUAG